AUGAAGGUUGUCAACUGGGUUGUUGAAAAAUGUUCGCUUCUAGAUCAGUUGUUCAUAACAUUGACGAAACUGAGAUUAAACAUUGGGCAUGAAGAUAUAGCUACUAGAUUUAACUGCAGUAGGCCAACUGUAAGUAAUGUGUUUAACACUAUCAUCAGUGCAUUGUACAAUAUCUUGUAUGUUGGCAUGAUGGAAAAUAACAUUCCAUCAAGAUCCAAAAAUGCAAUGUCUAUGCCUUCGUGCUUUAGUAAGUUUCCCAAUUGUCGAAUUGUGCUCGAUUGUACGGAAAUAUCAGUAGACAAUACUGAACAACUAGAUGCACAGUGUAGCCUAUACAGUAACUACAAAGGUAGAACCACUUUGAAGUCUUUGAUAGGGGUUGCACCCAAUGGUGUAAUCACUUUUGCUAGUAAUCUAUAUGGAGGGAGUGUGUCAGACAAGGCAAUAACCUUAGAUUGUGGUAUUCUGGACCAGCUUGAAGAAGGAGACAUGAUCUUGGCAGAUAAAGGUUUUCUGAUUCACGACAUUCUUCCUUAAGGCGUGUCACUGAAUUUUCCAUCACUUCUCCUAAAUGGCCAGUUCACCAAAACAGAGGCACACAAUAACAAACUCAUUGCAUGUGCCCGCAUCCACGUUGAAAGGGCAAUUCAGAGGGUCAAAAUUUUCGCAAUUUUGGACCAUAUUCCGUAUCAGUUCAAGAGCCAAGCUGAUAAAAUAUUCAAAUGUUGUGUUUGUCUUACUAACUUUCAAACACUUAUCCUUCGUGAAAUUGAAGAAUAGAGAAAUUAACGAUGAUGCCUCUUUUAAAGGACACCUGAAACUUAAAUUUUCUUAACUGCAAUUCU